GCCAGACGCCUCCAACCCGCUCCAACCUUCGGCGCUCUCAUUGUUAGUGUAUCCACAAAUUGUCAUAAUUUUUCGUGCGAUAAAUAGAUUCCUGUGAAAUUUGAAGGAAAAUAGCGUUUAAUAGAUCCGUGGAAAAUUUUUUCUAGGUGUGAGCAAACGUUGAGCUUCUAUACUGAAAAUUAAUCCACGUCAGACAGAAAAGAAAGCAAUGGCUGGAAAUUUUUGGCACAGCUCUCACUAUCAGCAGUGGCUUUUGGACAAGCAAGAUUUGACAAGGGAAAGGCAACAUGAUCUGAGCAUUUUGGCUGAUGAUGAGUACCAGAAGAUUUUCAUAUUCUUCGCAAACUUUAUUCAAGUUCUUGGAGAACAUUUGAAGCUGCGACAGCAAGUUAUAGCGACAGCGACGGUUUACUUCAAGCGAUUUUAUGCACGGAAUUCACUUAAGUCGAUCGACCCUCUACUCCUUGCACCGACUUGCGUCUUUUUAUCCUCCAAGGUGGAGGAAUUUGGAGUGAUUUCCAACACACGACUCAUUACCACUUGCCAGAAUGUUGUCAAGAACAAAUUUGCCCAUGCUUACGCGCAAGAAUUUCCAUACCGUACAAAUCACAUUCUUGAGUGUGAAUUUUAUUUGCUGGAGAAUCUCGACUGCUGUUUGAUCGUCUACCAACCCUACCGUCCACUGCUUCUGUUCACCAGUGAUGCUCAGCUGGAUGAUGGGCUCUUGGCCUUGGCAUGGAGGGUGGUCAACGACAGCCUUCGAACAGACGCCUGCCUCUUCUACCCACCCUACAUAAUUGCCCUAGGAUGUUUGCACAUAGCCUGUGUAAUACAGGGCAAAGACUUGAAGACAUGGUUUGCUGAACUGAAUGUGGAUCUGGAGAAGGUUCAUGAGGUGAUGCGGCUGAUAGCAGCGCUGAUGGACCUGUGGAAGGGCUAUGACGAGAAAAAGGAAAUUCAGGCUCUCCUUGCAAAAAUGCCGAAGCCUAAGCAGCAGCCGACAAGAUAGUUUGGUCAACAUUUUGCUAAUGUCUAAUUCAGAAAUGAUCUAGAAUUUACCGCUCUUUGAAAUUUAUCUUCCCGGUUUGGUUGAAAUAAAUGUACACUUUCUGCCCUGUUUGAUUACUCCUGAUAAUUUGCAUUUUGUACCUCUGGCUACGUUAGUCAAGUUUUGAUUAUUAUCAAAGAAAAACCUCGUUGACUGAGUUGAUCUUGUUAGCAACUGUAACUGAACGAAAUUCACUAUGUAUUGGAAUAAAUAAGAAUAUUCAUAUGUAUUAAAA